CUCUCCUGUGGCUUCUCCAUGUUAACUUAAAAAAGAAUUACAAAGAAUAGAACCCAUGAAUUGAGCAAAACUAUCUAUGGUCCUGCUCUCCUAAAAGCUGGCAAUGAAGUGCUUCAGCGAUGAACUUCUACACAACCACUCCCACACUGAUUGUUUUAAAAAUGAGGACCAGCUCAAGACUCUUAAGAUUAAGGAAGACAGAAGACAGAGUUCCACAUAUUCACGACAGAGCUACAGACCACCGGGAUUCCCGGCUCAGGUCCUUUCCUCGCUCUCAUCACCUGUUGAUUAUUUCACUCAUGUCCAAAAUGUCCCUUUUGGAGAAGAACUCAGGAGUGAAAAUGGACUCAGAAGAUGGGGAAAAGGCUGAGCCCCAGGACUGCUCAGGAGACCCAGCUGGAAGCCCCCAAGAGCCAGGCCCCAGCUUCCCCUCUGUGGACUCUGUUCAAUCAAGUAAGGCCCUGGUGAAGUAUUGGAGCAGCUCAGAGUCGUUGGUGAAGUUCCAAGAGCCGGAGAAAUUCAACAUUCGUGAUGGAGAUCAAAAAGUGUUGGUCCUGGACUGUGAGAUCCUGAAAGCAAUCCCACACAAGGCCUACAUACUUCCAGAGACCUUCUUUGUUUUAGCCUCAUACUAUCACUCAGCCCCUCCUGAGAAAGGGAGCCCGAUUCUCUUGGCGGUCUCUAAAGGAGAGCUCUGCCUUUGCUGUGUCAAGGCCCAAGGGAAAAUUUUCCCAUCCCUCCAGCUGAAGAAAAAGAAGCUCGAAGACCUAGUCACCGAGAAGGAGCAAGCACAGCGGCCCUUCGUCUUCUACAAGGCUGACGUGGGCUCCCGGAGCACACUGGAGUCAGCUGCCCACACUGGGUGGUUCCUGUGCACCUCCUGCUCUUCUGGUGAACCCGUGAGAUUGACAAAGACAGUCGGAAGGAAGAAACAAGUGGAGUUUCAUUUUAUAAAGCUAUAAAAGGCGGGGCCGGCGCCAUGGCUCACUUGCUUAAUCCUCCGUCUGCGGCGCCAGCAUCCCAUAUGGGUGCCGGGUUCUAGUCCUGGUUGCUUCUCUUCCGGUCCAACUCUCUGCUGUGGCCUGGGAGGGCAGUGGAGGAUGGCCCAAGUGCUUGGGCCCUGCACCCCAUGGGAGACCAGGAGAAGCACCUGGCUCCUGGCUUCGAAUGGGCGCAGCUCUGGCUGUAGCGGCCAUUUUGGGGGUGAACCAACAGAAGGAAGACCUUUCUCUCUGUCUCUCUCUUUCACUGUCUAACUCUGCCUAUCAAAUAAAAAAAAAAGCUGUAAAAGGCAAAAUCUCUGGUUAA